AUGGUGCAUGGCAAACAUGUCGCUCCUGCUGCUGAGGCCACUGCUGCAACUACCAGCGCUGCUACCACCGCUGCUGAUGCCUUUGCUACUGCCGGUGCUACUGCCGUUGCCAUUGCUCCUGAUGCUGCCAUUGCUCCUGUUGCUGCCGUUGCUCCUGUUGCUGUCAUUGCUCCUGUUGCUACCAUUGCUUCUGUUGCUACGGUUGCUCUUGAUGCUGGCGUUGCUCCUGAUGCUGUCGUUGCCCCUGUUGCUGCCCUUGCUCCUGUUGCUACCAUUGCUCCUGUUGCUGCUGUUGCUCCUGUUGCUGCAGUUGCUCCUGCUGCCAUUGCUCCUGAUGCUGCCGUUGCUCCUGUUGCUUCCAUUGCUCCUAUUGCUGCGAUUGCUCCUGUUGCUGCCGUUGCUCCUGAUGCUGCUGUUGCUCCUGUUGCUGCUUUUGCUCCUGCUGCUUCCGUUGCUCCUGUUGCUGUGGUUGCUCCUGCUGCUGCCAUUGCUCCUGAGGCUGUCCUUGCUCCUGCCGUUGCUCCUGUUGCUCCUGCUGCUGGCGUUGCUCCUGUUGCUGCCGUUGCUCCUGUUGCUGCCGUUGCUCCUGCUGCUGCCGUUGCUCCUGAUGCUGCCAUUGCUCCUGUUGCUGCCAUUACUCCUGUUGCUGCCCUUGCUCAUGUUGCUGCAGUUGCUCCUGUUGCUACCCCUGCUUCUGUUGCUGCCGUUGCUCCUGAUGCUGUCAUUGCUCCUGUUGCUGCCCUUGUUCCUCUUGCUCCUGUUGCUACCAUUGCUCCUGCCCUUGUCGUUGCUCCUGUUGCUGCUGCUGCCGCCGCCACCGUUUCUGCUAAUGAUAAUAAUGCUGUAUCUGCUGCUGCUGCUGAUGCUAGGAGUACCUGUGACUUCUGUGUACAGUUCUGA